AUGUCGUCCAUUUCAGAGAGUAUCGGUUUUCUUGGCAGCUUCUCGUCAACUCAUCCACAUGCCGCAUCACUAAUCUCCCCAAGUCCGUUCAAAUCUGAACCGUCGGGGGCCACCAAAGAUGCACUGAUCCAUAUUGCUGUAGCGCAAGUAAUCCCGGACGAAUCCGGGUUGCACGCCGACGCUACCAACGGGCAGGCCACAGCGGGUCUCGAGAAAUUGGAGUUGUGGGCUUCGGCAGCAGCAUCCAAAGGUGCCGAUGUGGUUGUUUUCCCCGAGUACUUUCUGAGUGGAGCAACACAUGAUCUUUGGAGACGGGUGCGGUCGGCACAGCGCAAAGAAGCUGUCCAAGCCCAAGAUCAACAAGCAGUCCGACAAGCGGAUAUGCAGAUGCAACACUAUCCUGAGCAAGCACAGCUUGAUGCACAAGGUGGCGAGAAGGCCUGGAUCGAAAUCAUCAUCCAUGUGGCUAAGAAGUAUGACAUCGACAUUGUUGCCGGAACCGUCGUCGAGCUGGGUACGCAACCGCAUGCUGAGAUCCUAGCCAAACAUCCUGUCUCGCAAAAUCCGUCGUUAGAGCCCGAGAAAUCGGCUAGUAGCCAACACGAUCAGAUCCCACACCGACCAGCGAACAAGUCCAAGGGGAACGUGGAAGAAGAUCACGAAAAUGCCCUCUUCAAUACGUCUUACUACAUUUCUCGUCAGGGCCAAGUUUUGCACCGUUACACAAAACAAAACCUCUGGCAUCCCGAACGUGAAACGCUUCUGCAAUCACAGUCAGCCACUCAUCCCGAACAACACUCGGGAGCAUCCACUUUUGUCAUUGAGACUAAGCGCGGUACACGCUUGCGUGCGGCUAUGGCCAUCUGUUGGGAUCUCGCAUGGUAUUCAAGAUUCUACCAGAUGAUUUGUCCACCUUACGCAGUCGGGCAAAUUUCCGACCUGGACAAAGCAGGACAAGCUCUUGGACCAGACAUCAUCUUUGCUCCGACAUGUUGGUACGCUUCGGACGGUGGUGCAAAAGCGCUUUUGUGGAAUGGAGUAGGCGAAGCGCAAAUGUUGGAUAGCUUGUGUUUGACAAGAGCGGUGGAGCUCGAGGCCGUGCUGGUCAUGUGCAACGUCUCGGGGCCCAAGUUGGAUGCAGAAGCGGUGGAAGAGCUGAAAAAUCGGUUGAAAAGUCAACAUGCGCAUGGCGCCAGCGAUGACGAAUUCGAGACACCACUGAUUGGAUUGGGCAGGAGCAGAAUUUGCGCCCCCUUCUUGAAUGUGGUUGCUGAGAUACCAGAUGAGAGACAGGCCAUGUUGUUACAAACGGUGGAUCUGAACUUGCUCAUCGAUGCGAGGGAGAUGUAUCGCAUGAGGUACGAUCAUGCGCAGAGGUGA